CAGGCCAAGCCAGUUCUCUUAGAAGAGAAGGAUAACAUCCCAUCUCUCGCUUUUUCCAGCACUUUCUCGAAGUAUCUGCACUGACUCUCGCACCUGCCGACACCCUAGCUAGAAGCACACAGGUGUGCAGCUACGGCUUAGCGGCGGCAGCCCAGGGAGGUUAUACCAGACUUCUCCGGGCAGGUCUAGGUCUCCCACACGCACAGCUGCCCGUCUACACAUGGGGGCGCGGGCAUUUUAAAGCUAUUUGUAUUACAGAGUAUUUCUCAAUCCCCUGGUGUCGAGUGCCAGCAAAUCGCCCAGCGCUUCUGUUCUUGGGACUCUACACGCCCGCACAGGCAGGCACAGGUGCUUAGCAGCAAGCGACGUCUCCGCCGCUGAAUGAGCGCUCAGUCUUCGGAGUCCGAGGGUCCCCAGUUCUCCUUCUCCCAAGAGGACCUCCUGACGUGCAUCUUGCCAUCCCUCACAGAAAUCGGCACCGUGGUCUUCAUUUUCACCCUGGAUGACAACCUCACGGAGGUGCAGGCGCUGGUGGAGCAGGUGAAGGAGAAGACGGCCCACAUCCAGGCCCUGGCGCAUAGCACCGUGGGGCAGACCCUGCCGACCCCUCUGAGGAAGCUCUUCCCUCCAUCAUCAGCAUCACGUGGCCACUGCUUUUCUUCGAAUACGAAGGGAACUUCAUCCAGCGGUUCUCUGGACAGCUCAAGGCUCCAUGCCCCAAGGCUCGAUGCAUCGCGACCCUCCUGCAGGUGAUCCACUUCCCCCAGCCACUAUUGGAUGACAUUUGGGCUGCUCCCAUCUCCUUCCACAUCCAGCUCGCACACGAGAAGGAACAGGCAUCCUGCCGGCAGCGAGUCAAUCAGCAAACAUUUACUGAGUCCUCAGGACUCAGUGUAUCAGGAAUCUUGCUUGGUACUGGGUUUACA